UCGCUUUUGACUCAGAUUUGAUACCUGCCUGCAUGUCGCCGGCAGCAUAGAAAUUGGAAAAGCAAUUUUUGGUACUUCACUUCUUUAUUCUUUACCUAUUGCAAUUUUCUGAUUUACCACCAAACUUUGUCUUUCUCUCCUUUAAAAUAUUCACUCUUUCCCAUCAUGCUUGAAUGAAACUGCUUACUAUGGAAGCGUAGAAACAGUACUUUUCUUAAAUCUCUCAACUGUUGAUCUAUUUUGGUCAGAAUUGAACUGAAUGUUUUUGAAGUAUAAGCAGAUGGGUAUUUCUCAAUGUUCGAAAAGAUUCAUUCUUUUUGGUAAUCUUUUGCUGCUUCUUCUUCUUCUUGUGAAUUCUUCUGAUCUCAAUUUUCAGGAAAACGGUGAUUUGAAGCUUAAAAAGGGUUUGAUAACUGAUGCAAAUAGUACUAAAAAUUCAAAUGAUCAUAAGGGUGGGACCAGAAUUGAUCCUGAUUCAGUAGAAAACACCCAAGUAAAGAAGGAAGAUAAUACUCAAAAUUUAAAUGAGAUUGUUAAGAAAGAUCUUGGUAAGAGCAAUAUUACAGAAUCAUUACAAUCUAAAGGUCACAAUCACAAAAUUGAUGAUGGUAGUAAAAAUGUGGAGUUGAAAGACAAAGAUGGAAAAUAUGGCAACAAAGAAACAUUAGAAAAAAGGGUUAUUUCUAAAAAUGAGCCUAGAAUGGAUGGAAAUGAUAAAUCAGAAGGGUAUGAUUCUAAAAGUAAGCCUAGAAAGGAUGAAAGUGUUGAAUUAGAUGACUCAUUGAUGGUUGUGGAGAAGAAGUUGCAAGAUGAUGAAUGUGAUCCAUCUAACAUGUGUGAGGAUAAGAAGAAGAAUAUGACUGCUUGUUUGAGAGUUCCAGGCAAUGAUUCUCCCGAUCUUUCACUUCUGAUUCAGAAUAAAGGAUCAAGCCCUGUGACUGUUACAAUUACCGCUCCUAAGUUUGUUCUAUUAGAGGAAACAAAAAUUCACCUUCAACAAAAAGAAGAUAAAAAGGUUCGAGUUUCUGUGGCCUACGAGGCAACAGAUAGCUUGAUUUUGUUGACAACAGAUGACAGUCGGUGUACUCUCGACUUCAAGGAGUUGAUGCCUCGUGAUUCUAGAUUAGAGACCCGUUAUGCUUUCAAGCUCCGAUUUUUAAGCAACUUGACUAAAACUCACAUAGUGAUAUUUUUAACUCUGUCUGCAUUUGUGAUAUUUGGAUCUGCAUGGAUGUGCUCUAGCUUGUGGAAGAAGCACUAUCAAGGGAUUAGGUAUCAAACCAUCGACACUGAGCUACCCGUUUCUGGUGUAUCGAAGACGGUAUUAGAAUCAAAAGAUGGUUGGGACGAUAGCUGGGACGACCACUGGGAUGACGAGGAGGCUCCCAAGACUCCGGUUUUGCCUGCUACGCCAAAUCUUUCUUCAAGGGGGCUUGCUUCUCGACGUCUUAACAAAGAUGGUUGGAAAGAUUAACCUCAUUUUUAUGGCAUCUUUUUUAUUUUACCCUUUUUAAAUGUGUAUAUAUUUUAUUUAUUUAUUAUGAGUUUUGAGAUUUUAAUUCGCAAAUUGAAAUCUAGAUCGGGUCCAAAUACAAGUUUUGCAUUCGACAUAGGAUGAAAGGAUUAUACGUAUUAUUGCAUCAUGACUUUUGUUUUCCCCAAAAAUGGGAGGACUUGAAAAUGGAACAAGCUGAUAUAAUGUUAAUACCUUUUUAUGAUUCAGAUUUCGGCUUAUGCAUGGACAUGAAUUGAUAUAUUAUAAAAUUAGAUUAGUGCCUAUGAU